CCACGCGUCUAGACCAGAUAAUAUAAUCAAUGUAAUAUAUAUACAUUUAUUUCGGCAGAGAAAAUUAGGCGGUGGUAGCUUUGAAGUUACUAUAAAUGAAUCUCACCACUUCUCCGUUCUUAAAAGAUAAAAGCAACGAUGAAUGGUAAGGAAUCUGUUACAUUCUUCUUCUUCCUCGCUCUUCUCAUCCUUCCCUUCGUGCUUCUCCCUGCCACAGCUGCUCCUGGAAGAGUAGGAGGCAUGGGAGUAUACUGUGGGAGUAGAUGUAGAGGAAGGUGUUCAAAGGCAGGGUUUCGAGACAGAUGUAUCAAGUAUUGUGGCAUUUGUUGCAGACAGUGUAAGUGUGUUCCUUCUGGCACCUUUGGCAACAAGCAUCAGUGCCCUUGCUAUCGAGACAUGCUUAGCUCCAAGGGCAAACCCAAGUGCCCUUAAUUAAGAACUUGUACGAAUAAUGCGAAUAAAAUGCGUUUUACAUGCAUGCGCUUGUCUUAAAGUUGGUUAGGUCUAUGAGUGCUUCUUAUAGUUUCCUUUCUCAUAUAUAUUAAGCUUUAAAGUCUCUC